UCUGAUCCCAGGUGCCUGGUGUAAUCGGCAUCCCAGGUGUGGACCACUCUCUGCGUGCCCAUCUCCUCUCCUGCCCAGGAUUCUGGUGGGCAGUGAGGCAGCCAUGGGACUGCUGACUGGGGAGGCACUGGCGCCCCUGGCCGUGGCUGUGGCCGUCUUCGUGCUCCUGCUGGACCUGAUGCACCGGCGUGUACUCUGGGCCCCACGCUACCCACCAGGCCCCCUACCACUGCCCGGACUGGGAAACUUCCUGCAGGUGGACCCCAAAGACAUGCCAAACAGCUUCAACAAGCUGCGGCGCCGCUUCGGGGAUGUGUUCGGCGUUCAGCUGGGCUGGAAGCCCGUGGUCGUGGUCAACGGGCUGGCUGCCGUGCGCGAGGCGGCGCUGCAACGCGGAGAGGACACCUCGGACCGCCCGCCAGUGCCCCUGAGGGAGCAGCUGGGCUCCGGGCCCCACGCACAAGGUGUGAUCGCUGCGCGCUACGGGCCCGCGUGGCGCGAGCAGCGGCGCUUCUCCGUGUCCACCAUGCGCGACUUCGGUCUCGGCAAGAAGUCGCUGGAGCAGUGGGUGACCGAGGAGGCCGCCUGUCUCUGCGCCGCCUUCACGGACUAUGACGGACGCCCCUUUAGUCCCAACCGCCACCUGAACCAAGCGGUGUGCAACGUGAUCGCUUCCCUCACCCACGGGCGCCGCUUCGAGUACAGCGACCCGUCCUUCCGCAAGCUCCUGGGGCUGCUGGAGGGCUCAGAGAAGGAUUCGGCUUUCCUCCGAGAGGCCGUGAAUGCUUUCCCGGUUCUCCUGCGCAUCCCGGGGAUGGCCGGCAAGGCCUUCCCGAGGCAGACUGGUCUCAUUCACCUGCUGGACGAGCUGCUUACCGAACACAGGCAGGACUGGGACCCGGCCCAACCACCCCGCGACCUGACAGAUGUCUUCAUGGGUGAAGUGGAGAAGGCCAAGGGGAACCCCGAGAGCAGCUUCAAUGAUGCCAACCUGCGCGUGGUGGUGGCCGACCUGUUCAUCGCAGGGAUGGUGACCACCUCGAUCACACUGACCUGGGCCCUCCUGCUCAUGAUCCUGCACCCAGACGUGCAGGGCCGAGUCCAAAAUGAGAUAGACGAGGUGAUAGGGCGGGGGCGGAGGCCCGAGAUGGUGGACCAGGGGCGCAUGCCCUUCACCACAGCCGUGAUCCACGAGGUGCAGCGCUUUGGGGACAUCAUCCCCCUGGGCAUCCCGCACAUGACCUCCCGUGACACCGAGAUCCAGGGCUUCCUCAUCCCCAAGGGGACGCAACUCAUCCUCAACCUGUCAUCGGUGCUGAAGGAUGAGACAGUCUGGGAGAAGCCCUUCCGCUUCCACCCAGAACACUUCCUGGACGCCCAGGGCCACUUUGUGAAGCCGGAGGCCUUCAUGCCUUUCUCAGCAGGUGCCUGUGGGGUGCCAGGUCCUGCCCUCUUCCUAAGGGGUCUGGGAUGGGAAAGUCCCUGGCCGUCCCUCCUCACCAAGCCCCUAUGCCCACCCACAGGCCGACGGGCAUGCCUCGGGGAGCCCCUGGCCCGCAUGGAGCUCUUCCUUUUCUUUACCUGCCUCCUGCAGCGCUUCAGCUUCUCGGUGCCUGCUGGGCAGCCCCAGCCCAGUGACCAUGGCCUUGCUUCCACCUUGGUGUCCCCGUCCCCCUACCAGCUCUGUGCCUUGCCCCGCUAGAAUGGGUCACCAGGACCCCAAUCCCCAAACCCCCAA